AGCAUGCUGCAGCAGUUGUGUAAGACAAGAUGUACAUAUAUGGCGGAAACCACAAUGGUCGUUACCUUAAUGAUAUUCAUGUACUGGAUUUGAGAAGUUGGACUUGGUCAAAGAUUGAGGCAAAGUCUGGGGCUGAGUCCCUGGAGUCACCGUCUCCAGUAACGUUUGCUCCUUGUGCUGGUCAUUCCUUGAUACCAUGGGAGAAUAAGCUUCUGUCUAUUGCUGGACAUACAAAGGAUCCAGCUGAAAGUAUACAAGGUAUAAGUCAAUAUCAUUUACCUAUCAAAAAAAGUCAAUAUCAUUUACUGCCUUUUGAUUUAUUUGAGUUUGUGAACUUUGUGGAAAUAUCGUACUUAUAAAAGUGGAAAAACCGU